CUCUCCUCUACUUAUUCCCUCACUCCAAAAGGCCAUAUAUACACCCCCUCCCCACUGCCAUUGGUCCUACCACAACAAAAGGAGAGAGACUCCAAGUCUUCCAAGCUGAGUGUGUGUGUGAAAGAGAGAGACCUACUUAGUACAAGAAUCACAUCUGCAUAUCUUCCCUGCAACCGUGUGAAGAAGGAUCACAACUCAUUCUUCUCUUCUGUCAGUAGAGAGAGAGAGAGAGAGAGAGAGAUCAAGAACUAGAGAGAGAAAGGUAGGUAGCUAGAGAGAGAGUAGGCGAUCGAUGGCGGAUUGGGGGCCGGUGUUCAUAGGGCUGGUGCUGUUCAUCCUGCUGUCGCCGGGGCUGCUGUUCCAGAUCCCGGGGAAGGGGAGGAUCGUGGAGUUCGGCAACUUCCAGACCAGCGGCCUCUCCAUCCUCGUCCACUCCAUCAUCUACUUCGCGCUCAUCGCCAUCUUCCUCCUCGCCGUCAACGUCCACAUGUACCUCGGCUAGCUAGCUAGCUAGCUAGGAGGUACCAUGCUGGCUCUGGCAUGUGAAAUGUUCAUCGAUCAGCUAAAUUAAUUACUAGCAUUUAUGCAAGAAUGGUAUUAUAUAUAUAUAUGAUUUUCUUAAUUUGGGCUAGCUAGCAAUUUGAUUACUACUGUUCUCUGAGUUUUAGUUUAUAUAAUGUAAACUUACUUGAGCUUGUAGCUUAAGAUGGUUAAUUACUCAUGAUAAGUUCAUAUGAAAAAUGUGGUUAAUUAUUCUGAUUUGUUUUUUUUUGUUUUCUCUUUUCAAUGUUUGCUUCAGGUUUCUGGAAUUUGGUUAUUUACCUUGGAUUUAAUUUUCCUUCUGCAUUUCGAGGGAAAUAGAUGGUAUAUUUUGAGCUGGGGUUAACUUUUUUUCCAAGGAGGAUGGGCAAAUGAGAAUAUGUUUUUUUUUCUUUCUUUCAUCUUGUAUUUAAUCAACAUUGUACGAAACUUGCAUAUAGAAACUAUUCCCGGUGUUGAUGUUUCACCCAACCUUGAGCACAAAUUAAUUAAGAAUUGUACUUACCA